GGGAUGAAGAGGUGGUGAUACCGGGAUGAUAUUCGUGGGAUACGAUCGUCGAAAGCACCUCUAGGACAAGAUGGCUGGGAUGACGAAGGGACGCCGCAGAAGAGGUGGACUGUAUGCAUAUGAGGGUGUGGGGUAGAUGGAGGACGAUGAAGAUAACGGCAAGUGCUGUAUAAGUGCUUCGAAGAGUAGUCAUAAGAUACCUGGAUCUUCAGAAACCGCUAAUCUGCGCGGACGGGAAGGCAUUCGACAGAGCUGGAGACUCGGAAAGGUCGCACCGCGGGGCAUCGGACUGAAGACAUGGAUGCGCCGGGACAUACGACAGAAUAGCACGGCCAGGACAAAGGAGAACGGAGGCUAUAAGAAGAGUGUCCACAGUAUGAAUGCAGAAGGAGGUGGCAGACAAGGAGACGCAGAUUGUCACACUGGGCCUGCGGCCAAGAGCUAUGAAUAUGGGUUGGUCCCGAGCCAGCAUGCACCUCUAAGCAAGAAACCAAUACGCUCAGACAGACCGUAUACUGAAAUCUCAGUUUCUAAGAAGAAUCGCCGUUCCCGAACGGUGGGGAAACCUUUUCAGCGUUCCUGUCACUGGAGUACGAUGAUCAUGGACUUCUUCGCGUCUGGUAUUCGAACGUCCCUUUGCAACCUUCAAGCUGCAGGUUGAUCUCUGCGUGGGCAGCGCGGUAUCCGGCGCACGCAUAGUCAAGCGGCGAAAAAAACACCUGGCGUCGGCGUCGUCAUGAGGGGCUGAUUGCCUAUGCGA